ACUUUAACUAGAGUCAACAGGAAGGAAUUGAAUUUCGCGUGCUACAUCUAAAUUCGAGAUUUCAAAGCUUUAAGUACUACUGCUUUAAAACUGUUUAAGUGGCAGCUACGGCUACAUAAAAAUGACGACUGUCCUGCCUCGGAUCGAGCAACUGUCUGCAAGGGUGGUCCGAAUCCUAGGCUGCAAUCCAGGACCUUUUACUCUGCAAGGAACAAACACCUACUUGGUGGGGACUGGCAAAAGGCGUGUUCUCAUUGACACUGGAGAGCCAUCAAUCCCUGAAUACAUCGGGUGUUUAAAGCAAGCCUUGAAGCAGUUUAACACCUCAAUACAGGAGAUCAUUGUAACACACUGGCAUCUAGAUCAUGUUGGUGGAAUCACUGACAUCUGCAGGGACAUCUUCUGUGAUUCCAGUAUGCGAGUCAGUAAACUUCCCCGUGUGCCUUACCUUGAAGAGAUCAUAGGAAGUGGAGAGAGGAAGUAUACAUAUCUGAAAGAUGGUGACGUAAUUGAAACUGAAGGAGCCACUCUUAGGAUCCUUUUUACACCUGGCCACACAGAUGACCACUUAGCAUUACUUCUUGAAGAAGAAAAUGCAGUUUUCUCUGGAGACUGUAUACUUGGGGAAGGGACAGCGGUGUUUGAAGACCUUUAUGAUUACAUGAAAUCUCUGGAAAUUCUCUUAGAUUGUAAAGCUGACUUGAUCUAUCCAGGCCAUGGACCAAUUGUAGUGAAUGCCGGGCAGAAAAUUAAGGAAUAUAUCGCUCAUAGGAACCUUCGUGAACAGCAGAUUCUGAGUGUUUUACAAAAAAAUAAUAAGGGCUUCUCUUCAAUGGAACUUGUAAAAAUUAUUUACAAGGAAACUCCUGAACAUCUUCACAAAGCAGCAGAAAAUAAUGUUUUACAUCAUUUAACAAAACUGGAAAAGGAAGGAAAACUGAGAAAAGAAACCAUUCCUUGUGUGACUUGGAAGAGCUUUCUGUGAUCGCAGUCUUGGCCUCAUUUUUAACAGUUUCAGACUCAAAUGGCUAAAUAGUCAUUAUGCUCUUUAUGUUUAUUCUCAGGUCAGAGUUUUAUUUUGCUACAUGAACUGUUAAUAGAAUCACACAAACACUUGUACUGAAGAUGCUAUAUUAUAAAUGAAAUAUAUAUUACAUGCACUAGGAGUUUUCAAAUAUCUGUUAUUCUGCCUUCAAACUAUGUCAAAUAUGUUUUCUUGUAAUAAUAAUAAUAAUAAUUCAUUACAUCUUGUGUAGUUUUCAUAAUUUCAAUGUAAUUUAUCAUAACAUCACUUAAACUUGCAGUACUGGUAAAAUUACCAGUACCUCUAAAGAUUCAUUUAUUGACUGUGGUAAAUUGAAAUGAAAUACUGGACUUGUGAUUUAUUGUCUUCUAGUAAGGAUUAUUUUCUUACAUUACACUUCAUCCUUAUCCAAUGUUGACUAGAAGGUAACUGCAAAAUGUAGUAUAUAUAUAUAUUGUUAUGUUCAGUGAAUAAUAGUAGAUGACUUGCAAAUGGAUUAAUUCUAUAUACUUGAGCAGUCCUCACCUAAUAAAAUGACAUUAAAAAAUAAA